AUGUCAUUCCGUCUUGUCCCCGCCAACGCCCAGUCCUCCCAGGACGCCCACGUCGUUUCUACACAGGCAACCGCUCACGCCAUCUCGGGCACCCACGAUACUUUUCGGUAUGGCCUCAAAUCCGCUGCUCAAGGCGUAGCCCCCGCCAACGUCAGCCCUCUGCAAGCUCGAUUGGAAAAGUGGAAGCAGACCCAACUUGAGUUGCAGCAAAACAUGCAACGGACCACUUUUGGUCUGGCUGUGCCUAUGAAGCAAGCCAUGGAGAUGAAGCUCGUCUCCGAGAACCUCCACAACCCCCUCCUCGACCAAGCGACCCCUUCCGGUCUUCCCCUCGGCGGCGGACACAACAUUGCCCUUGAGAUUCUCGAAGGGAGAGAUGAGAGCAUCGAUGCAGACGAGUUUAUGGGAGGCGGCAUCAACUUUGGAGAGGUCUUGGAUGUCAACGGGGCGUUGGAGAGGAAGAGAGGGAUAUGA